UAAAAACACCCAAAAAAAAAAACCAAUACAUCAUAAAUUUUCUUUUCACAACCCACCUAAAAAAAACCAUUUAUCUUAUCUCUUCUAUUUAUCAGAAAAACACUUCACCUGAGAAGCUGUAAACUUGACAACAAAUUUCCAGGUGAAUGGAGAAAUCAAUUCAUAUUGCAGUUGUUCCAGGUGUUGGUUAUAGCCACUUAUUUCCAAUUCUUCAAUUCUCCAAACUACUUGUUCACCAUCAUCCAUACAUUCAUAUCACAUGCUUCAUCCCCUCACAUGGUUCUCUCUCAUCUGAUUCAAAAACAAUCCUUCAAAAUCUUCCAUCAAACAUCAACUGUACUUUUCUUCCACCAGUGGAUUCCAAAGACUUACCACAAGGAGUUCCUUUAGAAAUUCAACUACAACUCACACUCACUCAUUCCUUACCAUCUAUACAUCAGGCCUUAAAAUCCUUAACUUUAAGGACACCCUUUGUAGCCUUGAUAGUUGAUUCUUUUGCAAUUGCAGCACUUGAUUUAGCUAAAGAUUUCAACAUGUUGUCCUAUGUUUACUUCCCUUCUGCAGCCACCACUUUGUCUACAUACUUCUAUAUGUUCAAACAUGAUAAAGAAACUUCAGGUGAGUACAGAGAUCUUCCUAAUCAACCUAUGCAAAUACCGGGUUGUGUACCGAUUCAUGGUAGAGAUCUUGUUGACCAAGCUCAAAAUAGAUCAAGUGAAUCUUACAAAUAUUUACUUCAACGUAUUAAAAGAUUUCGUCUUGUUGAUGGGAUUCUUAUUAAUAGUUUCUUAGAAAUUGAAAAAGGUUCUAUAGAAGCACUGGCUGAAGAAGGAAGUGGUAACCCUCUUGUGUAUGCUGUUGGACCUAUUAUCCAAAAGGGAACAGAAGCAUCUAAGGAUGAUGCUAAUAGUUUGGAGUGUUUGUCAUGGUUGGAUAAACAAAAACCUAGUUCAGUUUUGUAUGUGUCUUUUGGAAGUGGUGGUACACUUUCACAAGAACAAAUUGAUGAGCUUGCUUUAGGUUUGGAAUUGAGUAAUCAUAAGUUCUUAUGGGUUGCAAGAGCACCAAGUAGUUUAGCAAAUGCUGCGUAUCUAUCGGCGUCUGGUGUUGAUCCUUUGCAGUUUUUACCAUCUGGGUUCUUGGAGAGAACAAAGGAACAAGGGAUGGUUGUUCCAUCAUGGGCACCUCAGAUUCAAAUCCUAAGUCAUAGUUCAGUUGGUGGAUUCUUGACUCAUUGUGGCUGGAAUUCAACGCUUGAGAGUAUGGCACAUGGUGUGCCACUAAUCACAUGGCCUCUGUUUGCUGAGCAGAGAACGAAUGCGGUUUUAUUGAGUGAGGGGCUAAAAGUGGGAUUGAGGCCAAGAUUUCAUGAAAAUGGUAUUGUGGAAAGGGUAGAAAUUGCUGAGUUGAUCAAGAGUCUCAUGGAAGGGGAAGUAGGUGGGAAAUUGCGCAAUAAUAUGAAGGAAUUGAAAGAAGCUGCUAAUAGUGCACACAAAGAAGAUGGUUCUUCUACAAAGACUCUUUCUCAAUUAGCACUCAAAUGGAGAAAUUUGUCAGGCAUAGUGUGAAUUAUUGGCAUCAAGAAAACCUUACUAGAUGAGAUUUUCUGAUCUGGAAAGAGAUCAUCAUGAUAUUGCAUA